AUGGACAACACAGACUACAGGCAAAACAUCACAGUUCAAUACUGCUUUCCUGACAACAACUCAUCUUGCAAAAAGGAGCUCCACACUCCAACCAACCUGCUCAUCCUCUCUCUGUCUGUGGCAGAUUUUCUCGUGGGACUGAUUGUUAUGCCUGUGAAUAUGAUGACAUUAGUAGACUCCUGUUGGUAUCUUGGAAAAAUAGGAUGCUCUAUUUAUCCACUGAUCAGUUUUGUCUCAAUGUCAGCAUCUCUCUGUAGCCUGGUAUUCAUUGCGGUCGAUCGCUACAUUGCUGUCUGUGACCCUCUGCUUUAUUCCUCUAGAGUUACAGUUUGUAAAACCACUUUGUUAAUUAUUCUGGGCUGGUCUUUAAGUCUGUUGUAUGUCUGCAUUACUUUGUACUUCAAUGAUCAUCUCCUUCAAUCUCAGAUAUCCACUAAGUGUUAUGGAGAGUGUGUAGUGGUCCUAAAUUAUUCCUGGGUGAUCAUUGACCUGGUGAUUUCAUUUCUGUUCCCUUGCUCUGUUAUACUGAUCUUGUAUUCAAUCAUUUUUAAUGUGGCAAGACGUCAAGCUAAAACUAUUAAAGCUGUGCUGAACGUUGCUUUACACAAACAAGAAGUCAGAGUUUCAAACUCUUCUGAAACCAAAGCUGCGAAAAAAUUAGGCACUGUCAUUUUGGUUUAUCUUGCUUGCUGGAUACCGUUUUAUUUAAGUUCUCUGUCAACUGACAGCUUGAUAUCUGUCUCAGUGAUAUAUACUGUGUGUGGCUGGCUAGUACUUAUUAACUCCUCUGUGAAUCCACUAAUAUAUGCCAUUUUCUAUCCAUGGUUCAGAAAAUCAGCUAAGUAUAUUGUAACUUGUCGAAUAUUUAAGUCCUCAUCUUCAAGGCUUAAUUUGUUUCCCAAACAGGUUUAA